UUGUUUCCAGUCGGACACUUUAAAAUUGACACUAAACAAUCGACUUGAGUUGCAGAAGUUGAGGCAACGUGAAAAUUGGAGCCGAGGUGAAUACAUUUGAGAAAACUAUCCUCAAGCAGCGUUUAAUGAGCAUCGUUAAGAGUUAACCUUGCAACGAGUUGUGUUUUCACUUUGUAUCGAGAAGUGUCAAUUGUGUCGCCACCAUGCGAGCGAUCUAGCAUGCUAUUAUGAUGCUCAACCCGUCCGGCGGCGGCGGAUCCGCAGAUGACCAACGAAAAUCGGCGGUCACGCAGCCGAGAAUCAGCCUGUACAGGGAGCCCCGAUGCGGACACAAGACCAGCCCCAUAAGUGUCAUCUUAGUGAGCUCCGGUAGCCGCGGGAACAAGCUGCUUUUCCGCUACCCUUUCCAGCGAACUGCCGAGUGUGCGUCGUCUCACGCAGCAAAACAGCGGAAUCGCUAUGCCCAGAAUACAACGGCAGAAGUUGAAGAUCACGAUGGAGAUUCAAGAGAGUCAUCUUCAUUAACUGACGAACAGUUGGUAGCGGGGUUUUCCGACAGCAUCCUGGCAACAAUCCUGGCCACCAAGUCGGACAUGUGCGGUAAGAAGUUUGAGCUGAAGAUCGACGACGUUCGCUUCGUGGGCCACCCAACUCUGCUGCAGCAUCCGCCCAUCAUUCAGGUUGGCCAGCAGUUCACCUCCUCAGCUCUUUGCUGGCCAUUUGUUUCCACCUCGAUGACUUUUUUUUUUUGUUUUGUUUUUUUAACAACCAUUUUAGCUGCCAACGCUGACCCCUCGGUCAUCAGCUGCAUGCAAAACUUGUCCCGCCGCAUCGCCAUUGCGCUGCAGCAUGAGGAGCGCCGCUGCCAGUACCUCACCAGGGAGGCCAAGCUCAUGCUGGCCGUGCAGGACGAGAUCACCACCGUUACCGAAAUGAGCCCACAGUCACCGUUUCGACAAAUUCUGCCCAAAUGUAAGCUGGCCAAGGACCUAAAGGAGGCGUAUGACAGUCUGUGCACGACGGGCGUGGUGCGGCUGCACAUCAACAAUUGGCUGGAGGUGAGCUUCUGCCUCCCGCACAAGAUCCACCGCAUUGGCGGCAACUAUAUCCCCCCCGAGGCCUUGGAACGUAGCCUGAAGGCCAUCAGGCCCUAUCACGCACUGCUGCUGCUGGAAAGCGAGAAGGCGCUGCUGGGCCAACUUCCCGUGGACUGCUCGCCCGCCAUGAUGCGCCUCAUCAAGACGUGCUCGGCGGUGAAGAACCUGCAGCAGCUGGCUCAGGACACUGACCUAGCCCUGCUUCAGAUCUGCCAAAUUGCAGCCCACCUGGUUUACUGGGGCAAGGCCAUCAUCAUCUACCCACUGUGUGAGAACAACGUCUACAUGCUGUCCCCUCACGCCAACAUCUAUCUAUUCUCGCCUCAGGCCGAACAGUUUGCGCAGCAGUUUCCCGGCCACGACCUUCCUUCCACGUUGGCGAAGUUUUCGCUGCCUGUCUCGCUGGCCGAGUUCAGGAACCCCCUGGAAGCUCCCGCGCAGGAGGCUCAGCUGAUCCAGAUGGUGGUGUGGAUGCUGCAGCGCCGCCUGCUCAUCCAGCUGCACACGUUCGUGUGCCUCAUGGUGCCGCCAGCCGAGGACGAGCCCGCUUACAGGGAUGACGCCCUAAAACCUUGCAGGUUGCUGCACUAUUUCCGGGGCCACCACCACUUGGAGGAGAUCAUGUACAACGAGAACAUGCGGCGCUCUCAGCUCAAGACGCUCUUGGACAAGUUCCGCAGCGUGCUGGUGGUGACCAAUCACGAAGAUCCCAUCAUUUCCAUUUUCCAGUCUCCCCAAGUGUAGAGUCGUAGUCAUCGUCCUAGUAGUCCUAGCGUAGCAUGCGCCAGUUGGACGCUGUCAGUCACACCACGUGGCAGGGAACCGAUGUGUCAA